CAUAAAAGAACUAGGAUUUGUUCUAGAAUUGUCACCCUCCAUACUCAUUGUUUGCAGGGGUGUCUGCGUGGAAACAAAAUGGUGAGCAUACUGUAAAACCAAUGUUUGCAAUUCCUGAAAUUUGGAUGCUAAAAGAAAGAUAAAGAGUUAAACAAAUGGAUUUUUAAAAAAGGGCACAUAUACCUGAACAUGAUGAUUGUGGCUUUAUAAUAUCUACAGCCUACUGAAAUCAUCAAUUGAUGGGCACAUUUGUUUCUCCACGUUAUGAUUAGUGCUGUGUCCUAUUACGAAUGGGAUGGAUAUUCGUGUCACAGAUGGUUUCAUCUACAGCACUUAUGCCGGAUUUUACAAAACGUUUUCAACAACUACAUCGUGACUCCAGACAAAUAAGCUUGCGUGCUUAAAAAAAAAAUGUGUUUUAGCAAGAAAAAAGUCCUGCCAUGUGUGCCAUCAUACUGAAUCAAUCAGGCCUCCUCACUGUAGGUUGUGAGUUCUUAAGGUGAUACAAUAUAGCAAAUAAAACACAAGAGAAUUCUAACUUAUUGUAAACUCUAAACUGGAACAUGUCUCAUAAUAUUGGCGUCAGGGAACCAGGCAACUAAGGGCCAUCAUUGUGACCAUAAACAAUUGGUCUGUUUUGCAGCACAAACUGGGGGAAAUAUAGAUUUAACCCCUGCUGUAACAUUCAGCUAUGCAACAUGUUUUUAGCCAUCUGAGAAUGUGACAAUGACAUCAUGUUCCAAGUUCUGCAAAGAUGCUUCAGUGAACUAACAGUCCCUUACGGCAGAAGGAAACAGGUAGGUGUUUACUGCAUGCUGCCAAGUUGUGCCACAUAACUCCAUCGCUUAAACGCACAAUGGCUCAGCUAUCCUGCAUGCUGUAAUGUACUGCAGUCUCCUCUGGAUCCCAACAAGUUGCCAACUGUCACUUAACUGAUUAGGUUGUGAGAUGGUGCAUUUUGCUACUUAAGGUUCUCAACAUGUGUUCUCAAGUCACAGGAAAUGUAGAGAAUAUGACAAAGACAGGCCUCAUGCUUUAUUUCACAGUAGCACAAAAUCUGGCAGGUUACACAUUUUCCAUUUUCUUCAGGAUUUUGGAGAUAGUUAAAAGUAGCUAACACUUUCCCUAGCACACAAUGGGGAGUAAUGCAGCUGGAUCAUGUUUCACAUAAAACAUGGACAUCUAACCCAGCAUGUCAAUCAACAAAAUUUAGAAACUAAGGUCGUUGAUAGUUCUUUUUAAAAAACAAACAAAAAAAAAACAAUCUGUGUUAAUAUUAUUAAUGCACCUUUGUUUCAAAAGGAAAGCAGAGAAAACAUAUAUGUAAAUUACAUUUAUUAAGAUUAAGAUGUGAAAAAUACAAACAUAUAUGUUCUAUAAAUGAGAUCUUAUUAAGCAGUCAUGCUGGUUGACAACUACAAGAAUCCAUCACUCAAAUAUUAAAGCAAGAUAUUACAAACAAUUGAACUAGCACACAGAACACAUCACUUCAGUGCUUGCUAAGUAGGAUUGCUGCUUAGAGCUAACAAUAUUACACUGACUAUAUCUGUAUAUAAUCCCCUUCCAGCCCUGCAGAAUUUCACUUUGUGUGAAAUAUACUUUAAGCAGAUGUGAUACUGAGGACAGAGAAAAACAAUGCCCUGAAUGUGAACCACAAGUUCAAUUAAACAAAGGGGAAAAAAUAAAAAAUGUACGACACGUGGCAAUAAAUACAGGGGGAAAAAAAGUAUGGAGUUUGUACUACGCAGUUUCAAUAAAAAAAAAUUACAGGGAACCUGCUCGUGAACUAAAUAUAACAGUGUUGAGAUCAAGCAUGAUAGAACUUGCUCCAUAACAUAACAAAUAUAAUAAACAGCCACUAGAGUAGACAAUGUACACAAGAGUAAAACAAAUCUAUUUAUUACAUUUGUUUUUUUCAAAAGAUACUCUGCUCAAAUCACACUUCUGAUCAAUAAAAUCACAGAAGUUACCAAUAUAUCACCUCACAACCAUGCAAUUAUUAUUUAUUUUAAUUCAUAAAUAAAUAUGGCCUACAUAUCUGUUAUAAAAGACAUCCCAUUAAUUUAUUAAUUGAGUGCCUUUUUUCCUCCAUGCAUAUAUAAAUAUAUCAUUAUUAAUAAUUAUUACUGGGUUCAAAACAUUGAAAUAAAAUGUGCUUUCAUAUAACACUUAUUUUUAAUAACAAUGGAAAGAAAAUAAUUUGUUAGCGUUUAUAUGAAUAUAUCAACAAACUUUCUCUAACCUGUUUGAGCUGUCAACAGAUAAAUGUUAGAGAUAUAAAGAUUAUGUGCAUGUGUAACAAGUCUAUGUAAGAUUUUAAAAAUACAAAUAGUAUGAUAUUCAACAAAAAUUUAGGCAGACUAGAUAGGCCAAAUGGUUCAAAUCAAAUUCUAUGUUUCUAUGUGUUCAGUCUGCUACAUAUUUUUAUUUAACAAGGUUACAUUACAAAGCUAUGAGAGCUACGCCAACACUGUUUGUCUGCCAGACUAUUGUUUUAUCCACAAACCACAAAUUUAUAAAGAUCAGUUUAUAACACAGGUAUUAGCCCAAGGAAAUUCAACAUAAUUGCAUUUUCUAAUACAUAUGAGAAUGGAUCCACUACCAACCUAAAGUGUCAAUAGCUGUUCAAACUUCCUUAUAUUUGAACUCAAUACAUUUUGUUAUAAUUUUUUUUUUUUCUUUUAUUUUCUUGAAAUGUUCAGUCUUAAAAAAGUAAAUAUAACGGUCCUAUCUAGAGGCCACUUAAACAAUAAAAUGGGAAAUACUAAUUUAAAUAUAUCCCAAUAGCAAUAGAUGUUUGUAUCAAUUGCAUUGAAAUUGUACCAAAUCCAUCUCACAUUAUACUGUUUAAUUAAAUAUGCAUAAAUCAAAAUGUGGACACGAAAAUGACUAGCAUUCUAAAAUGAUGUAGCACACAUUUACAUUGCUUCACUGGGAAUAUUUACAGUGUAUUGUAUCCAGACAAAGUAAAAUAUAAAAAUGUAUUAUUAAUUUCGUACCUUAAUUCAUAUUGUUUACACUAGAUAAAAAAAAAAAAAAUCUAAAGGGCUAUCAAAAUUCAUUUCCUCAGUAUAUCACGUACUUAAACAAGAAUGUCAUUUGCAUUGCAUUUAGGACUAUUACCAUUUCUUUAAUGUUCCAUCACAGAAAUGCCAUUCAUGUAUCUGCCUGCAAUAACAGUUGUGUUAUAUUAAAAGUAUAGAUACAUUUCCAUUGUCAAAUAAAUUAAGUGGGGUUACAUUAAUAUCUCACACAAAACCACUUCACAGAAAACUAAAUCUGAAUUUGUGGUAAAUCAAAUUUUGCAGACAUUGAACAAGGAGUUUCAAGAAGCAUUUGCUACAAAAGACAAAAAAAAAAUCUCUUGAUACAAAAAAAUGGUGUGUAAUUUUUGUUGUACCAGAGAAAGUGGGGCCAACCAGCAAAGUUUGCUUGUUAUAACUAGAAUUAUUCAGGAUAAUGAUAAGUUACCUCCCAUAAUUUGCUGGCAUUAAGAUCUUUCCUUGUGAUGUAUUUGUGAAAUGCCUAACACUGCAUGUAUAAUGAAACAGAACAGUUAGUAUGAUAUACCUAUAUCUUUGCUUCAAUGUGCCACAAUGUAAAUUAAAACUGAGAAAGAUCUGUGUAGCUCCUAACACAAAACUCCACUUUACCUGGUUAUAGGGUAAUUGUACGGGCUCCAAAAGCCAUCUGCUACAUCAUGUACUCAAUACUCCUCCAUAAAAAUUUGUGUUCAUAUGCAUUAAUUUACUCUCGCCAUUGUGUCAAAGCUGGAGAAUUCGGAUUGAAGUUCAAAAUUCAAAAAUGUAGUUUUAAAUGUGUGCUGUGCAAAGAUAGCAGCUAGUAGAACACUAUUAGUAGUAGUAUUAUCCUGGGGCGAGUUUAGUAUGGUCUUCAAGAGCUCUACCAUUGCUCCCUUUAGACUGAAGACAUAUAGACGCACAUAUCUCUGGGUUGACUUGGGCUAGUGUUCUCACGGUCCAUUGGCCUAGGUUUUGACUUUCACUAGACCUACAAGCCAAAGAUCACAAACUCUCCAGAAUCUAACGGGCGAGAUGGUCCCAUGACCCCUUGCAGCUCCCUAGGGAUUUCUACCCCAAGCUAUGAACCGUUAUGAUACAUAUAACAUUUUGCAUACAACCGCAUUGUAUAACACUGUACACAACAUGCUUUGUAACUUUUGUUUUUGAUACCAAAACCAAUGUAUUUUAUAAUGACAAGAUGGAGAUUUAACCAGUCUAGGCAGAAAACAUUAACUUGUCGAGUGCUUGACUCUGUAUCUGAGUUAAACACAAACGCUCGAGUGGCCAUAGGUUUCCUUUCGUCCAUUUUGCACAAUGGAUUACAUAAAAGAAAAAAAAAAAUGUAUUCAACUAUUUUCCUUUCAUAACGAAUCAAAAUGACUUAAUUUUAAUUUAUUUUUAUCUUUCCUUAGGAUUCACAAGACUCGAUUGAAAAGGAUGUGUUUCACUUUCUUGCUAGAAAUCAACAUGCAGUCUGAAAUUAACCUAACAGUUCGAGAUGAUAUUUUUGACGUCAGCACCAAUAUGUACCGACCACUGUCUUACCCACUUAGCUUCCAAAUCUCUCUUACUUGCUUUCUCAUGCUGGAAAUUGUCCUGGGUCUUGGGAGCAACCUCACCGUACUGGUUCUUUACUGCAUGAAAUCAAACCUGAUCAACUCAGUCAGCAACAUUAUUACUAUGAAUCUCCAUGUGCUUGAUGUAAUAAUAUGUGUGGGCUGUAUACCUCUAACUAUUGUUAUACUACUACUACCACUGGACAGCAACAAUGCUUUGAUUUGCUGCUUUCAUGAAGCAUGUGUAUCCUUUGCCAGUGUUUCCACUGCAGUUAAUGUAUUUGCCAUCACUUUGGACCGUUAUGAUAUAUCUGUCAAACCUGCAAACAGAAUUCUAACCAUGGGUCGGGCUGUUAUAUUGAUGACAUCUACAUGGGUUGUUUCUUUCCUGUCCUUCUUGAUUCCUUUCAUCGAGGUCAGUUUUUUCCGUUUUCAAAGUGAGAACACUUGGGAGAACAAGACACUUUUGUGUGUCAGUACAAACGAAUAUCACACGGAACUUGGAAUGUAUUAUCAUCUCCUGGUGCAGAUUCCAAUCUUUUUUUUCACAAUCAUAGUGAUGUUAAUUACCUAUAGUAAAAUACUUCAAGCUCUCAACAUCAGAAUAGGCACAAGGUUCUCAACAGGGCAGAAGAAAAAAGUAAGGAAGAAAAAAACUAUUUCAUUGGCCACACAACACGAGACCACAGAUGUCUCACAGAGCAGUGGAAGCAGGAAUGUCGUGCUCGGAGUAAGGACUUCCGUGUCUGUGAUUAUUGCCCUCCGCCGGGCAGUCAAACGACACAGAGAAAGACGCGAGAGGCAAAAACGGGUCUUCAAAAUGUCACUGUUAAUUAUUUCAACUUUCCUAUUUUGUUGGACACCUAUUUCUAUUUUAAACACUACAAUUUUAUGUCUUGGCCCAAGUGACCUUUUGGUAAAACUUCGAUUGUGCUUUCUAGUUAUGGCCUAUGGAACCACAAUAUUUCAUCCAUUGCUAUACGCUUUUACAAGGCAAAAAUUUCAAAAGGUCCUAAAGAGUAAAAUGAAAAAGAGAGUUGUAUCUAUUGUUGAAGCGGAUCCCAUGCCAAACAAUGCUGUAAUUCACAAUUCAUGGAUAGAGCCUAAAAGGAAUAAAAAUCUAACAACGGAUGACAGUGACGCGAGGCAGAAAUGUUUAGCACCUCAAGCUGCUACUGACUAGGGUACUGUACAGUCUUCUAAAUGUUCUAUGGAACAUGAAGACAGGUAUGAAUGAUCAUACUGGCAUCCAAUCAAUUCUUUUUAUUUUUACAUGGUUUAUUAAACUGUACAUUUUUAAUACACUGUGCUUAAGUUAGAUAUUCAUUUACACAUUAUCUAGUGUACAUGGUGCAUGGCAGUUUGUUAAAGUAAUGUGUAUACUUUGUCAAUAUUAUGUUAAAAGAGACAUUUAUGUAUAUCUCCUUUUAUAAAAACAAAAAAAAGCUAAAUUCAAAUAAAAUAUCUUUUCAAUAUUAAAAGCUUUUUGAAAAAAUACAAUAAAAC